CACUCACCCCUAGAAAAAUUAUUCAAUCUGAUAAGGACUUAUGCUGCUGACACACACAACACACUAUGAAAGAGAAAAUCAAAACAGACACACAAACAUAGCAUAGCAUACACUAUUCAAUACUUACUCAUAUUUUGUGUUUUUCCUUUUUUCACAUUCUUGUAGUUAAUGUUGUUCUCUCUCUCUCUCUCUCAUGCACUCCUGUCACCCACCACCACCUCUCUUUAAUUCCCUAUGAAACCGUUCAACAUUUUUUCAACACUCACUAGCUUCCGUUUCCACCACAUCUUCAUGAAGGAUAUGCACCACUUGAUCACAAUCAUAAUACCCUUUUGAAUUUCAUUCUCUCUCAUCACUUAGAUAGGUGGUAAAGUUUGGAUUGUGGAAAAUUAGAGGUGCUUUCAAAUUUUCUUUGUUAAAGAUUUCUGAAGGGGCCUUGAAGUAAAUGCAUGGAUCGCGGGGACCAAAUGGCAGCAUUAUCCGGCUCUGCACCCUACUAUAUGCAUAGGGGAUUACCUGGUUCUGGAAACCAACAUGAAUUGCAUAAUUCACCCGGUAUUCGUCCAAUGUCGAAUGCCAAUUCACCGUUUCAAUCAAGUAUUGGAGGUGGUGGUACUAUUGGAUCCACAUUACCGUUGGAUUCAUCUGGAAUUUCAUCGCAAUGUAUCAAUGUAGGUGCUCCUUCUGGAGCUGCUUCAACCGGUGAAACUGUCAAAAGAAAGAGAGGAAGGCCGAGAAAAUACGGGGCAGAUGGAAGUGUGUCGUUGGCAUUGACUCCAACAACACCAGCUGCAAGUCAUCCUGGAUCCAUACUGCAAGUUCAGAAACGCGGUAGAGGCCGCCCUCCAGGGUCCGGAAAGAAACAACAGUUGGCUUCUUUCGGUGGUUUGAUCUCUGGUUCAGCUGGGAAUGGUUUCACUCCUCAUGUCAUCACCAUUGCAAUUGGAGAAGACAUUGCAACAAAAAUCGUGGCAUUUUCGCAGCAGGGACCUAGAGCUAUAUUUAUUAUGUCAGCUAAUGGUGCAGUCUCCACCGUGACGCUUUGUCAAGCUUCAACAUCUGGGGGAUCAGUCACAUAUGAGGGACGCUUUGAGAUACUAAGCCUGACAGGCUCUUACUUGGUUGCUGAUAACGGUGGCUCGCGAAACCGAACGGGUGGAUUAAGUGUUUCCCUUGCAAGUCCUGAUGGUCGUGUCAUUGGUGGAGGGGUCGGUGGAGUGCUCAUUGCCGCAAGUCCUGUUCAGGUGAUAAUUGGGAGCUUUAUGUGGGGUGGACCAAAGACAAAGAACAAGAAGAAUGAAGAUUUAGAAGGUCAAGAAGUUGGUAUGGAGCAAGAUCAUCAUGGAGUCCAUAAUGCAAUUGCAAUGAAUAGCAUUUCACCAAAUCAAAACCUUAAUCCACCAUCUAUCGGUUCUUGGCCAGCAUCGCGUCCAUUGGAUAUGCGUAAUUCCCAUAUUGACAUUGAUUUAAUGCGCGGGUGACAAUUUAUUUCAUUAGCUUACGCCGGUACUCGGUAUAUAUUUAAGAUUCAUGGUCACUCAUCUAAUUUUCUUGUGUAGUAGUAGUAAUGACACAAUGGAAAGUGCCAACUAUAGAGUAGAAAGCUUGCUGACUCUUGGAAUUUGAUAAAUGUCACCUAUGAUUGAUUGACUUUAGGGGUUGUACUCAUAUUUUUGUAGGUUUGAGGAAUAUUAUUUGAAGGAUUUGCUUUCUUAUUGAUUAUUGUUUAAUUGAAGGAAAUUCAUAGAGUUAGAUGUUUUA